AUCACAGCUACUACAACACAUUAGCGUCUGCCUCGCGAUUCGUCGUCGUUUUCUGCCCGUUGUUUCAUUAGUAGACUAUUAUUAAAAGAGAGUUUAUUUGAAAACUGCAGCAGACACGAUGGUCCGUUUGAAAUAGCAUUUCAAGAUUGAAUUCAUGAAGAAUAUAACAUCCUUAUCGUCUGACGAUGAGGAGGCUGAACAAAAAGAAAGCCCUGAACUUUGUAAAGGAACUGGAUGGUUUUCCCAAGGUUCCUGAGAGUUAUGUAGAGACAACAGCUAGUGGAGGAACAGUGUCCGUGUUGGCCUUCACUGCCAUGGCUCUUCUUGCCUUCUUUGAGUUCUUUGUGUAUCGGGACACAUGGAUGAAAUAUGAGUAUGAAGUGGAUAAGGACUUUACCAGUAAACUAAGAAUUAAUAUAGAUAUCACAGUUGCCAUGAGAUGUCAAUUUGUUGGAGCAGAUGUGUUAGAUUUGGCUGAGACAAUGGUAGCAUCUGAUGGCCUGCAGUAUGAACCUGUUGUUUUUGACCUUUCUCCCCAGCAAAGGAUCUGGCAUAGGAUGCUCUUGCUCAUUCAGAGCCGUCUUCAUGAAGAACAUUCACUUCAAGACGUUCUGUUCAAGAAUGUAAUGAAAGGUGCCCCCACUGCUCUCCCACCCAGGGAAGAUGACCCCACCCAGCCUCUCAAUGCCUGCAGAAUACAUGGACAUCUCUAUGUCAAUAAAGUAGCAGGAAAUUUCCACAUCACUGUGGGCAAGGCUAUCCCACAUCCUCGAGGUCAUGCUCAUCUUGCAGCCCUUGUCAGCCAUGAAACAUACAACUUCUCCCAUCGGAUUGACCAUCUGUCAUUCGGAGAGGAAAUACCAGGCAUUCUGAAUCCUUUGGACGGCACAGAAAAAGUGUCUACAGAUCAUAAUCAGAUGUUCCAGUACUUUAUCACCAUUGUGCCCACAAAACUGGAAACAUAUAAAUUGUCUGCAGAUACACACCAAUAUUCAGUCACUGAGCGGGAGCGAGUGAUAAACCACGCAGCAGGAAGCCAUGGUGUGUCUGGGAUCUUUAUGAAGUAUGACAUCAGCUCUCUGAUGGUGAAGGUGACGGAACAGCACAUGCCACUCUGGCAGUUCCUCGUGCGACUCUGUGGCAUCAUAGGCGGAAUUUUCUCGACUACAGGCAUGUUGCAUGGUUUGGUUGGCUUCUGCGUAGAUGUCAUCUGCUGUCGGUUUAAACUGGGGGUUUACAAACCAAAUAAAGUGAAUCUUCUCGAUGGCCAUGUGAACAGCUUGACACCGCUUCUUUCUAAGAACGGUGAACACUAGCUAGGUUCUCCUUGCCACAUUUUAAAAAUAAAUAAAACACUUGUAAAUCCUCAGAUUACAUUAAUACACAUGACAUUUGAGGUACUUUAAGUUUGCCAGUUUAUUGUCAUUUGUGGUACACAUGGUCAUCUGUGAGAAUAUUGUUGGGUGCAAAAAACUUUUUUGUUAAAUUAUUGGUUUAAUUAAAUGUAAAUUACAAAAAGCAAUCAUGGCUUGAAAAAAAAUUAUUAUUUUAGAGGAUAGAGAUUUUUGGAAAAGCUCGUCAUUGAUCAUCUACAUUUCUUGCAAGUCAUUUUUUAUUAUUUUACUUGUGAAGGCAGCUCUUUUCUCUAAAGAUAUGUUAAAAUAUUCGUAAACUAGCGUAACAUAAUUUUAAUUGAGUGGAUGAAAUACCCCCUUUAAAAAUAUCCAAAUAUGCAGUUAAGUCAGAUUAAAUUGUGUGAUUUUUAUACAACUUUGAUUCAAAGACACAGUCAUUACAGUAUUAGGAUUUGUUUGGGGAGUUUGUCUUGUUUGGUCAGUUUGUCUUGUUUGGUCAUCCAGUAUCCCAACAGAGCCAAGGUUUUAAAGCAAUAGCUCACCCAAAAAUGAAAAUGCUCUCAACUUUUACUCAGCCUCAUGCCACCCAAUACAUGUAUGACUUCAGUAGAACACAAAGAUUUUUAGAAGAACAUCUCAGCUCUGUUGGUCUAUUCAAAUGCAAGACCUUUGAAGAGCCAAAAUCACAUAAUGGCAGUAUAGAAGUAAUUCAUGUGACUCCAGUGGUUACAUUAAUGUCUUCUGAAUCGAUAUAAUAGGUGUGGGUGAGAAAAUGUUGUGUGCUGCCAUAGUGUCUAGUCACAAAAACAUACAAGUCAAUAGUGGAAAAGGUGCAUUCAAAUCCUACUGAUUAAUCUUUCAUAGUAAACAGGAAACUCACAUUACAUAUCUUGUUCAAGGCUGAGGCUAGUUGUGUUUCAUUUAAAUCAAUAUACAGGAUACUUUACAUGAAUAAUAAUAAUGUGGCUUAUUAUAAUUUAAUAUGUUUGUUCAUGAAACAGAUUGUCGAUGUUUUUUUGUAGCAACAUUUAAGAAAGUGCAAAUGACAAUUACACUAUUUUAUGUAUGGAAUAGGGGUCACACUGAUAAAUCAGGAAAAAAAAAUCUCUCGAACAAGCUCCAGAGCCUCAUCAGUUUUCUGUGAGAUGUCUUCAAGCUGUGGCUUCUUCUCAGAAGUUCCUAAGCCAUCAAGAUUUUUCACCAGAUUUGCACUGGUGCUUUCUUCCAUGCAGUUCCCAAAUGGGACGGUCUCUUGCUCUGCAAUGUCACAAUCUGUGUAUAAAACACCGUCAUCAGAGUCUGAUGUUUCUGCGUCUGUCUCUGGAAUGAUUAUUCCCACCUCUGG